UACUUGGUACGUAUCAAUUACCGUAAGAUAUAUAUAUGGAGAUUAUCUCCACCUUUAUUGUAACUGAAAGCAGUUACCAUCCUUUAUUUUCACACCCGAAGCGGCAGAAAAACGAAGAGAAAACAAAACAGCAUAAAACAGUCGAAGUAUAUAUCAAACAUGCACACACUACAGCAGGAAAAUUCAAACCUGAAUUUUCAGUCUCUUCUGUUAUCGGUGUCGAUAAAUGCAGACACAUACAAAGAGAGAAUAAUGAAUCUUGCGCUGUCAGCGAGUGAAGAGGUGAGGCAAAUGGGUCAAGAGCAAGAGCCCCUGUGGCUCUUUGACACCAACAAGGCCUCCGAGGUUCUGAACGAACCCGAAUACACCCAGCGGUUCGUAUCGCUCGAUGCCACUCUGGAUGAGAUCAUCAAGUUGGUAUCCACCGGAGGAGAGAUACGGCAUUAUAUUCCCGGCAUCAAUGGGGCUGCCAAUGUGACGCCGCGUGUUUUGAAGAACCAAGCGUCCAGAUCAAUCGGGAUUGUUCUCGGGAGUCCCGUUAGCCUUUUGGAUAUGUUGAUGGAUGUGGUUACAUGGGUGGAGAACAAUAAUGUCGUCGCUGACAAUGUUUUUGUUCAUGAUAUGUUCAAGGAUUAUUUACUUACUUCGGACUCCCCAUUCGGUUCAAAACGUAUGAUUGCAACGAUGGAACGAUAUUAUGACAGGAUGCAGAGUCUAGAGACGCAAGCAGGGGCUGGGAAUAAGAAUCUAUUGAAGCUAACUCAAAGGAUGGUUAGGCGUUAUUGUAGAAACGUAAGUGAACGUUCAUGGGUGGCCUUACCCAUAAGUGAUGGAACAGGAGAGGAAAUCUUUGUCAAAGCAAGCAUGAACAACUUAGAGGAUGAUCCUAAUAAAGGGCUCCCUCUUGGCGUUUCGUUGACGAUUUGUACUACGGUUCGGGUACCGAUUCCUCAAAAUCACUUGUUUGGCUUCCUAAGCAAUGGAUGUAACCGCAACAAGUGGGAUCUAUUGUCUGUUGGCUCUAAUGUUCGGGAUGAGAUGAGAAUUUCUUCUGCUCGAGACCCUACAAAUUCUGUAUCGGUACUCAUAGUCGAGUCUCUAGGAACAACAGACCAAGAAGCAAAGAUUUACCUACAAGAGAGCUUCACCGAUUCGGAGGCAGUGUAUGUGGUGUAUGCACCAGUGGAUGAGGCAGCAAUGAGAUACAUUUUAGACGGGAAAGACAUAGAUCAUGUAUCGAUAUUGCCCUCUGGUUUUGUUAUCCUACCUGCCUCUCUAGAUGGAGGCGGUGGAAGCAUUCUCACCAUAUGCUUUCAAAUAAUGGAUGAUGAGCAGCUUCCUUCUACUGAUUAUUAUCAUCUUCCUCCCCAGUCAGUAUUGACUGUACAUAAACUUGUACGCGAAACAAUUUCUUUGAUAAAGGCUGCAUUUAUUGUGUAAUUUGUUAAUUAGAAGAUAUAGACAUGCAUUUCUGUAGUAAACCAUAUGGAUAGAUAUAGAGUGAGUGAGUCCAGACAAGUCUUGGUUGAUUUAUUAUCAGAGCUUUUGUUCCAAUGCUUGAGUUCCUUUCAUCUUUGAAUUGUUCUAUAGCUUACUUAUUGGCUUCUUCUUAGUGCAUGCAGUGAAUAAGAUGUACUGUGUAAU